AACAAUCCUACUGAGUAAAUGAGUGGUCUUAAAAAAAUGGAACCCUACACACAGCGAAAGCUGAAUAUGCGUAAUUUCCAUUUUGGCUGCAAUGGAAAAGACAGAUUUGAUGAAGUCCAACAGUACCUGAGAAGAUUAACUGAUGCAGAUAAGGAUUCUGCACACCAUGUUAUAAUAGACAUAGCAAAACAACAGUUGGCAGUGAAUGCUACUGUGUUGUCUGCACUCAGUCCCUAUUGGAGGAAUCUGAUUAAUGAAAAUGCCCAGGAUUCUCCAGUGAUAUACAAGAUUUCUCCAGUCAUUUCACAUGGACCUAUUUUAUUGCUUCCUCUAAUCAGAUUGCUAAUUUAUGUUGGAAAUGUCUCUGUGCCUAUUAAAUAUAUAAAAGACAUAACGACUAUUCUAAGAGAGCUUCAUCUAGAGGUAUCAGAUUUUGCCGUCACUAAUACGGGAAGUGAAGUGGAAUGCUUAACAUGGGAAAAUCAUUUUGGCCACUUUAUGAAAGGCCUUCAAACUAUGUGCAAUAAGCAGGAGUGUACUGACUUGUCAAUAUUUGUUGACAGCCAUGUGAUUAAAGUUCAUAAAUUAGUUCUUAGUUCAUACGUGAAGUGUAAAAUCUUUGUUUGA